UAUAAAUUACAUAGAUUAAAUUUAUUUUUAUGUUUAAUACAUUAAUUUAUAAACUUUACAUUAUAUUUUAUGUAUUAUCUAAUGGAUAAAAAUCAGCGCAUACUUUUUGCACUUUAUGAUUUUUAUAACACAGUAUACAUGUAUAAAAAGAUCUUAAUUCAAGAAUUAUAACAUGUAAAAAUAACAUUCAUAUCAUGUCGAUUAAGUUUAAUUUUGCUGGUAAAGUGGCCCUGAUCACUGGGUCGAGUUCAGGUAUCGGUGCGACCACAGCCAUACUGUUUGCCAAAUCGGGAGCUAAUGUUGUGAUCACCGGUCGUAACGCCGAGCGAGUGUCAGAUGUGGCCAAACAGUGUCUCGACGUAUCGCCCGAUGGCUUAAAAGCGCUGGAAGUGGUGGCAGACGUGACCAGUGAUGAGGAUCUUCAGCGAUUGGUCGACACAACUAUCACUACUUUUGGUAAAAUAGAUAUUUUGGUCAAUAACGCGGGAACCGAUGAGUCAAUGUUUUUUGUGGACACGGAUUAUAUGCAAAGCUAUCGAAGAGUGCUAAACAUGAACUUAGAUUCCGUUGUCUUCUUAACCCAUAUUUGUGUCAAACAUUUGGAAAAAACUAAAGGAAAUAUCAUUAAUAUAUCGAGUAUUAAUAGCGUUCAAACGUUAAAUCAAUUCUCGUCAUAUUGUAUGUCAAAGUCAGCGUUGGAUAUGUUUACUAAAUGUAUUGCCGCAGAGUUGGGGCCUAAAGGCAUACGUGUAAACAGUGUUAAUCCAGGUGCCGUAGAAACAGGCAAUGCAUUAGAGAGUACAGACAAUUUACCCGAUGUUUAUAACAGCGACUGUUACGCAAAAUUAUACCCUGUGGGCCGGUAUGGUGUGCCCAAUGAUAUCGCUAAUGCUGUACUAUAUUUGGCAUCUAAUGAUAGCUCAUUCAUAACGGGUACGGCUAUUGUGGCCGAUGGCGGGCACCUGGCGGCCAAUGUCAACAUUAAUAAC